AUGGCUUUUCUAUUUGGUGGACGAGGACGACAAAAGCAGCCCGCCGAGAUCGCCAGGUCCUUGAAGGACUUGCUCACCAAGUUGGCUGAACCUAACCCCAACCCAAAGGUGGAAGAAGAUGUCGCGAAACACAUGUCACAGAUGAAAUUGAUUGUGCAAGGCACGCCAGCAGAAGCCGAGUGCAGUCCUGAGCAGGUGCACCAGCUGGUUCACUGCAUCAUCCAAGAAGACAUCCUGUUCGAACUCGCCAAAUCCAUCCGCCUCCUCCCCUUCGAAGCUCGCAAAGACGCCCAAAUCAUCUUUUCGCAUAUUCUCCGCUUCAAAUCUCCGAACAGCUCAUCAAGUUCCCAGUCCGACCCUUCAGCGAUAUCCUACCUCGUUCUCCAACGGCCCGAGAUCAUCGUCGAGUUAUGUCGGGGCUAUGAAUAUCCUCAGAGCGCCAUGCCCUGCGGGACGAUCCUUCGACAGGCCCUACAAUAUGACACUAUCGCCGCGGUUAUUCUAUAUGACGAAUCUGCACCAGGGGAAAAGGCAGUUCAGCUAAAAGACGUCGAUGUGAGCCGGAGACAAAGCGGUAGAGGCGUGUUCUGGAACUUCUUCUCCUGGAUCAAUAAAGGCAGCUUCGAAGUCAGCGCAGAUGCAUUUACGACUUUCAGGGAAAUCUUGACCAAGCACAAACAACUUGUCUCGCAGUACCUGGCGACGAAUUACGAUCUCUUUUUCAAAUCACACUACAACCCAACCCUCCUACUGUCUUCAUCCUAUGUCACCAAGCGACAAUCCAUCAAACUUCUCGGCGAACUCCUCCUGGACCGAGCCAACUAUGUCAUCAUGACCCAGUAUGUCGCUAGUGGAGACAACCUCAAACUCACCAUGAACCUGUUGAAGGACGACCGCAAAAUGGUCCAGUACGAGGCGUUCCACGUCUUCAAGGUCUUCGUGGCCAACCCCAAUAAGAGCGACGAGGUGCGAAGGAUCCUGAUCAAGAAUCGUGGCCGCCUUCUGAGGUUUCUGCCUGGCUUCCUCGAGGGUCGCACCGAUGACGACCAGUUCCUUGACGAGAAGAGCUUCUUGCUUCGUCAGAUCGAGAACCUACCUGAAGAAGGCACCGACCGGGGCUUGGGUACGGAGGGAGGUGGUGUUCGUGUUGGUGCCUGA